AUGGCGGUGUCUUUGCUGGCAAACUUAUGUAAUAGUGGAUUCGAGCAGCUCUGCCAGACACCUGAGCCGUUGAAAUUCUACUACCACACCAGCGAGCAGCAUUUACAGGCCGGCAUUGAGUCUAACCGUAUAGAGGAAGAACAACAAAUGGAAUACUCUACGUCUUUCUACAAUAGUCAGCAGCAGCAACAACAACAGCAACAGCAGCAGCAGCAACAGCAAUCAACUCAACAACCAAAUCAUCCGCAGAAUCAGCAAGAUUUUGAAGAGAUUUCCCAAAACUACAAUUUGGAAAGUGACGACACGUACAGUGGAUCCCCGAACAAUUUCCAGGACUAUCGCAAUAACUUCGUCGAUUCUCCUCCAGACUCCAAGGAAGCUUGGCCCGUUGAAUAUAGCAAGAUGCAAUCGGAGCUUGUUGCCGCUAGCAAUGCAUCGAACACUAAUGCAACUACCACAACCACCGUGGCGGCAGUGGCGGCAGCAGCAGCAGCGGCGGCGGCAGCGGCAGCGGCUGUAUCCGUGCAGCAGGAUGGCGCCCCAUUCACAGUCAUACCGACGCGCAAACGGCGCAUCGAGUGGGCCACUACUGCGCAACAGGAGGAGGAAAAUGAUAGUUCCGAACCUAAGAUUGCAGCUACUGAGAAGGACCGCGAGGUUAGACGUAAAGGUGCAAUUCGAUGGCCAGAAGAAUUAGAUCUUGAUUUGAGCAAUGAAUUGUCUAAUAACGGAUAUAUGAGCGAUUCGUUAUUAAACUUCCCUGUUUUCAAGCAAGAAUUACCAUCACCUCCCCAGAAAAUUGUUCACGAAGUAAUCAAAAGCACAAAAAACUCAGACACGACUAGCUCGAUUAAUCAACAACAACAACAGCAACAGCAGCAUCACCACCACCAACAUCAGCAGUUACAGAACCAAGAUCAACAUCAUCAUUCACAGCAGCAACAACAACAACAACAACAGCAACAUCACAGUCAAGCUAGCGCACAGCAAAAUUUAGGUAACACUGGUAGUACCAAUGGAACCCAACAGCAAUCCUCUGUCGGUAAUGAGCAAACGCUCGUGGGGGGAGUUGCCACUGGGGCACAUGUUACCAUGAGCACUAUCGGUGGAUUGCAAAACUUUAUGCACAGUAACCGUUUUGAUAGCGCAGAAAAUCUCAACAAGCAAGGCGACAGCAUAGAGCGAUCCGGAAAGACACGCGAUGACAAUAGAUUCCAAUACGUACUGGGAGCAGCAACAUCUAUUGCCACAAAGAAUAACGAAGAAUCUCUCACCUAUCUAAACCAAGGUCAGAGCUACGAGAUCAAGUUGAAAAAGCUGGGCGACCUUUCGCCCUUCCGUGGAAAAAUACUGAAAAGUAUUAUAAAAAUUUGUUUCCAUGAGCGUCGUCUGCAGUACAUGGAGCGCGAACAGAUGCAGCUCUGGCAAACGUCUCGACCAGGAGAAAGGAUUUUAGACGUUGAUAUUCCACUUUCCUACGGAUUGAUUCAGGUGCAACCUAAUAUUAGCAAUCUGUUAAAUACAAUGGAGAUUUACUGGGAUCCCAUGAAGGAGGUUGGAGUUUACGUUAAAGUGAACUGUAUUUCAACAGAGUUUACGCCCAAGAAACAUGGUGGCGAAAAAGGAGUUCCGUUCCGGAUUCAGGUUGAAACUUAUUUGGAUAGUGCAUUAAACAACACUGGUACCGGCACUAAUGGAUUGGACAGUCCGGUCAGGCCUUUGCAUGCGGCAGCAUGUCAGAUCAAGGUUUUCAAAUUGAAGGGAGCCGAUCGCAAGCACAAACAGGAUCGAGAGAAGAUCCUUAAACGACCGCCUGCAGAGCAGGACAAGUAUCAGCGGAGCUGUGAAUGUACAUUUUUGACAGAUAUUACUACCGAAUCCAUGUUUACACCACUUGUUGGCAGCUACAGUCCUGAGCACAUUAAACGAAAUAUAUCACCUUUACUGGUUGCUCCGGCUUCACCGGUGCAGAUCAACAAACUGGAGAACAUUAUGUCAUCGUUCUGUAAUGCACCGACGACCCCCACCAGUAAGACAGCAGUGAUGGCCGCGGCGGUUGCUGCCGCCGUAAGCAGCAACCCAAUUGCAAUCAGCAACGUUUCUUCAACAAACAGCAUCUGCAAGCUGAUGGAUCAAAACGUACUCUCACCGCCGCAAGUUAGCGUCGAGAUGGACGACUUUGUACCGAACAUUACAAAGGAUUCCAGCCCAUCGUCAUUGAGCCAAUGGCUAAGCUACCACCGGCUUAGUGUGUAUGCAAAGACAUUUGCACAGUUUUCUGGGUCCGAUUUAUUAAGAAUGUCCAAAGACGAUCUUUGCAAAAUUUGUGGAUUAGCUGAUGGAAUUCGUAUGUUCAACAUUCUUCAUUCAAAGGCAAUCACACCUCGUUUGACUAUUUACGUGUGCCUUGAAAGCAAUAUGUACCACGCCAUAUAUUUACAUGCUAAUACGCUGCCGGAGUUGAUUUGCGCCCUGCAAAAGAUCCCUGGCUUUAUGGAAGCCGUCCACGGCGGGGCCAGCUCUUCGGAUAUUAACAACAUGUGGUCAGGAAAUUACAAGCGAUCAAUGAAGAGCAGCAGCAAGUAUUCCAACGUUAGUACUAGCGAUGCGCACACCUCGGUACCUUCACCGUCGUCUCCGAUUUCUUCGUCAGUUGUUGUCCCACCACGGAUCAACUUGUUCGUGAAUGGCCCGAACGGGAUACAUGUUUUAAUGACCGAAGACGUGCUGAGCAACGUAAAGGAUGAUAGUUUGUUUCAGCUCGAGGUCAAAUCAAAUGGAAACGUUUUAAUGAAAUCCGUUGCUGCAACCGGAAGUAGUUCUGGUUCUGGAGAAAAUGAUAUGAAUUAACUCUGUUUUUUUGUGUGUUGUGCUUCUGUUGUGCAGAAGUUAUACACCAAUCGUUCUAUUACCGUUCUCUCUUGCAGAUGGUUUACUCGUUGUUUUGCAAUACUUUUUGAAAUAUUUCACAAUGCGUGGUGUUGGAUGUUUUUUUAAAAUAAAUUAUUACUUACAAUACGAACAAUUCAUUUGCCCUAAUCGCUUAUUGUUGCGCAAGAUUCUAUAGUCGUACAGAUUAUUCUGCUUUGAUAAUGAAAUUUUUUUACUUCUCUCAGAACGUAGAGUGAUAUCACUCCGUCUUAUCUUACAUCAAAUAAAAUCAUGUGCGAUGAAAAGCUUCAGAGUAAUCUAAUUGUUCAAAUGAAAGAUGUGAAAAAAGUAAUAAUAUAUGUCGGUUUUAUCAUGAUUUUUGAGAUUCUGUCAAUUUGCAUUCAAUGUUGUAUUUUACAAAUGAUAGGCGACAGCAAUAACAGCGAUUGCGCAAUAUUGAUGUAGCUAUUUUAAAAGAUUUUUAAUCAUCUACAAUAUACUAUUUAGUGCAAGCUGAGUGCGUUGCACGAUUAAAAUUAAAGAGUUAAGAAAUUUCGUACAAGUACAAAAAUAGGUCAUUCAAUGUCGAACACAAAUUUAUUAUAAUGCAUUGGUUAUCCGCAAACUUUCUUUGCUGCGUACAUGUGCCUUAUUGUCGAUGCUGUGAAUACAGUACUAUAAUCAUCAAAAAUUGUAGCGUUUGAAAAAUAAAAUGUUGACAUCAAAACCUCAUAUAGUUCGUAAAUACAGUAGCAAGCGGUUACAUCUAAAAUGAGCUUAGUUCUGCAGCUGGACCAACUUAUGUGGCUAUAUGGUAUUUUUAUAAUGAAACAAAUGUUUUGUAAACAGGAAAACUAUAUUACUUCAUAUUCAAAAAUAAAACAUGAAAAACCGCAAA